GUGUCCCUUACCACCACAGCGCACGCCUGGAGCAGUACGACUACUAUAUUAUCACUCGUCUUCACAGGAUACAACAAUGGCAUGAGAUGAAAAUUCUAGUUGAGAACUCCGUUUUUCUCAUAGCUUCUUCCUAUCCCCUUAUUACAUGGACUUCACCCAUGUAGCAACCCGUGGCUUUUCGGUUGGCUUGGUUAUCGAGCUCUUGUCUUCGCCUUGACCGCGCUAUCGACAAAACUUCCAAUCAGUAUCGCAUUGUCGGCGCACAAGUACGAGACAUGACAUAUCUCUCGCAUUGUUUUGUUAAGUUGCUGCGAUGAUAUCCUCUACACGAGUGACAAUAUGUCGACAUUCACGAAUUUGUCAUGUUGGCAAGCCCGCCCAUGCAAAAGUGAGUCCCAUGCACGUAAGAUUAUAGCCAUUUAAUGACCAAUCUGGGCCUGGCUCUCACCAAACCUUGGCAAUGGAGUUACCCCGAGCAGUUCCUAGCAACCCGUUGACCAGAUAUAUAAGUAUCUCAGCAGGAUACGCAGCAACUGUAGCUGGCUCUAUUCAACCUUUUUUGACAAGACGAGUCGGCUGGUCCCUCUAUCUUGAUAUAUUAAAGCAUCCAACGCAAAUGGGUACCCGAAAUCACAUUUUCUCUGUAUUUUCGUUCAUCGGGUUCGCGCUCGUGAGUAUAUUACUACCAUUUCAUCUACGAGCAAAGAGUAUUGGUACAUGCGCAUUCAUUGUAUGGACAGGCCUGCUUUGUCUCAAUGGAUUCGUGAAUUCGGUUGUGUGGAACGAUAAUGUUGUCAACUGGGCACCGGUGUGGUGUGAUAUUUCUAGUCGACUUGCGAUAGGUGGUCGAGUUGCGAUACCAGCAACGUCACUGUGCAUAACAUGCCGCCUACACUCUUUACUACGCUUAAGACCAAGAGUAAAUAGUACCCGUCGACGGAAAAACAAGAAACGGUUCAUCUUCUGGAUGGAUCUGUUUAUUGUGUUGGGUAUACCUGUAUUAUCUAUGGUCUUAGCAUACGUAAUUCAGUAUCAACGUUUCAUCAUCUUUGAAGAACUGGGCUGCCACUAUUCGUUAUACAACACAAUACCCGCUUUCCCUUUAUACGGGAUAUGGCCUGUAGUGAUUGGGCUCAUAACGGCUGUAUACGCAGGCCUUAUUUUCCGCGCCAUAAUCCAGAGGAAAAUGCGCCUCAAUGAAUUUAUGCAACGUGACUGGCGCAUUGGUUCUCAUCAGUGCUGGCGCCUCACCGGCGUUGUCAUAGCAGUCUUCAUUUGCUCAUUUCCCACAAGCCUCUGGUAUCUGGUUGAGGACAUACUGUUGGGACCGGCCCAGCCAUGGCCAGGGUGGAAGGUUGUACAUGCCUCAAACUCUGAAAUCGCACAAUUUACAAAUGAGAUGUGGCAAUUCGGGAAUUCCGUGGCCCUCUACGAGUGGGAACGAUGGUGCUAUGUGGUUUAUGCCAUCAUUUUUUUCACGCUCUUUGGAUUUACUACCGAGGCAAAGAAGAAUUAUCGCCUGGCUUUCCGCUUUGUUUUUCGACGUUGUACAAAGAAAUCUCUUUCUCAAAGCUUUUUCUUAGACCCAAACGUCGGGUCGUCCGUCGCAAACCUGCUUUUCUGGCUGACAGGACCAAAAGACCAGAGCCGAUCUACCUGUCUGCAUUUCCUUCUAGUUCCUCCGUCGGGAGUUUUUACAGUUCGAACGAGGUAGUCGUCAGUCCACCGAGUUUCGCUAAGGCGGAGUGGCCCUCCUCGUCUGAGUCGUACCAUGCCCUUUUCCAAGGUGACAGGAAUAUAUUGAACCCGCCACAGUUGACUAUUAGAGUACCGUCACCGUCACCGGAACUUUCACCAAUUCUCGCCCAAAUUCGCAGAGAGGGGGCUGAGCUUUCUGU